AUAAGGAAGCAUACAUUCCCAACGCGUUUUCCGUUGGGCCUUUUCACCAUGGCGAGAAAGAUCUCGAAGACAGAGAAGAUCAAGUUUGACUACUUAGAAGGCCUUCUGUACAGAACACGUGAUCCGGAUACAACACUGAUGGAAUGCAUCAGAGAGAUCACAUAUUAUGAAACAAAAGCCCGAGGGUGCUACGCAGAAGAAAUUCGUAUGAGCAAACAGGCAUUCAUUGAAAUGUUGCUGCUUGAUGGCUGCUUCAUUGUUGAACUGUUCAGGAAGGGAUGCUGGAGUGGUUCAGAAAGCUUAACAAGUGAUUCGUUUGAAACCAAGUCCUUACUUCAACUCGCCUUGGUUUUCUUCGACAACAUUUUUUCAUCUGAGAAAUCUCCUACACAACUAGAUCUCUUCGCCAAUCAAGAAAUCCAGCACAUUCUUGAUUUGAUAAGAACUUCUUUGGUGUUGCCACUUGGAGAGCAGCAAGGCCAAGAAGAGUCAUCUGUAUCAUGGCGGACUAUUUCUUCUGCCACCAGCAUCAAAGAAUCUGGAAUCAGUUUCAGGACAGUGAGAUCACCAAGCAUCCUGGAUGUCAAAUUCAGAAGAGGCACUCUGGAAAUGCCAUCAAUUCUCGUCCAAGAAACCAUUGAACCUGCCGUCCGAAAUCUGAUCAGCUACGAGCAUUGUUAUCCAAAUUGUUCUUCCAGAAUUACAAGCUAUGCUAUACUCUUGGACAACCUUAUCAACAAUGAAGAGGACAUGGAAGAACUCGGCAAGAGUGGGAUUCUUAUCAACUGGCUUAACCCGCAUGACAACACACCGUUCUUUAAGAUGCUAUACCAUGAUACUUUUGUUAAAGAGUUUUAUUACUGGAAGCUUUGCUGGGAAGUGAAUGAAUAUCAGCAGAAAUUGUGGCCUAAAUGGCGAGCUUUUUAUACCCACAAUUUUUUUGCAAAGCCAUGGGCCAUUGUUUCUCAGAUUGCUGCUGCUAUCCUUCUCGUCCUAGCUAUCCUUCUCGUCCUAACUUUCCUGCAAACCAUUUAUUCCAUGAAGUGAUGAAUACUUGUUGUCAUGCAUGUAUCAUGUUGAGACACAAACAAAAAUUGUCAUGAGUUAAUGAUAUGUAAUAUUCAUGAGCUGGGGACUCUUUACUUUUGAUGAAUCUCUUAAGAGGAAUUUGAUUAGAAUAUAAGGUUUUCUCAAUC